AUGCAUGUUUGUUCAGAAUGUCCAGAGGACCAACACCCAAGCAAAGAGAGGGAUUCAUGUCUUGCCAAGCAAAUAUCUUUCUUAUCCUAUGAAGAACCAACAGGAAUAGGUCUACUUAUUCUGGCACUUUUUUUUCUUUCUGCAGUUAGUGUUCUGGCAAAAUUUUUGAAAUAUCACCAUAUUCCCAUUGUCAAGGCCAAUAACCGAAAUCUCAAUUAUGUUCUACUCAUCUCCCUCUUCCUCUGUUUCCUUUGCUCACUGGAGUUCCUCAUUGCACCUGGAAAUGUAAUAUGUGUCUUCAGACAAAUUAUCUUUGGCAUCAUCUUCUCAGUGACUGUAUCUUCUGUGCUAGCAAAGACUGUCAGUGUGGUUUUGGCUUUCAUAGCUACCAAGCCAGGAUCCAGGAUAAGGAAAUGGGUGGGAACAAGACUGGCCAUCUCCAUGAUUCUUUCUUGUUCCUUGAUUGAAACAAGCAUCUGCAUGAUCUGGCUGUUCACAUUUCCCCCUUUUCCUGACAUGGACACCUAUUCAGAAAAAGAGGAAAUCAUACUGCAGUGCAGUGAAGGUUCAUCUACCAUGUUCUACUCUGUCCUGGGCUACAUAGGCUUUCUGGCGGCUGCCAGUUUCACAGUAGCAUUUUUCUCCAGGAAUCUUCCCAGCAGUUUUAAUGAAGCCAAAUGUCUCACAUUUAGCAUGCUGAUCUUCUGUAGCGUGUGGAUCUCUUUUGUUCCAUCCUACCAAAGCACCAAAGCCAAAUACAUGGUGGCUGUGGAGGUUUUCUCUAUUUUUGCCUCUAUUGCUGGGUUGUUGGGCUGCAUAUAUUUCCCCAAAUGUUACAUAAUUAUUUUUAAACCAGAGCUAAACAACAGGGAACAACUUAUUAAGAGAAACUAUUAA